AUGUUUAAUAUACUCAAAGGAUUUGAUCCUCAAGCAUUAUCAAACUACAUCAACCCGUAUGCUGUGGAUGUGAUCCGGGCAAAGAGAGAGGAUCUGAUUUAUGGAAUCUCACACACUGAGGAUCUACUGGAUCUACUCGUCACAGCGGGGGUCAUGACAGCAGCGAAGAGAUCCAUCGUUUUGACCAUCAGGACUCAGAAAGAUCAGAACUCCAGGGUCCUGGACAUCCUGGAGGCCAGAGGUGAGAGGGCAUGUCGCAAAUUUUUCCAUCCCUGUCUUAUGCAAGCUGAGCCCGACCUUUAUGGGCGAAUCAGGGCCUAUGUGGGGAGUGUGAACGAACAUAUUAGAGACACAAGGAGACAGCUGAUUGGAUAUUUGCUGGAAAAGGAAAAGGAUGGAAUGGAAGCAAUAGUCACUCAGACUCUCAAGAAGACUUGUAGUUCAUAUGCCUUCGAAGAAACUAAAAGAUUUAGCCCUGAGAACAAAGAGAGCAGCCCUGUACCACUUGAAAAAUCAGGGGAUAAAGCAACACAGCGUAAAGCAGAAAACCUCAUUCACAUGAUCGCUACAGAUGGGGAGCUGCUGCUGCUGAAAGAGCAGUUAGAAGACACAAAUAUCAACACUGUCAAUUCUUCCAAUGAGACUCUUUUACACGUAGCUGCUAAGAGCGGGCAUCUAUCCAUUACCGAGCAUUUGGUCCGUAAAGGAACCAGAAUGGACCUGCAGGAGGAUAAUGCUCACACAGCUCUUCACAGUGCAGCCAGCAGGGAUCACACUGAGACUGUCAGGGCCCUCAUAAAAGUCGGGGCCCCCAUCUACUCUUUGGAUAUCCACAAUAAAACUCCCAUCCACUCAGCAGCAGAAAAUGAGCACCGGGAUGUUGUGAAAGCGCUGGUGAAGGAGGAGGCCAAGCAGUCUGAGGGCCACGCGCAGCACACGUAUCUCCACAGAGCAGCCAUGGAAGACAACUGGAGGCUGGCUGAGUUGCUGCUGCAGAGCGGGGCUGCUGCCAAUGCAAGAAACCACCAGAACAAAACUGCUCUGUUUUAUGCAGUCACCAGGAGCAAUGAGGAAACAGUGACGGCCCUUCUGAACGCAGGGGCUGAAGUUGACUGUGAUGUUGUAAAUGAAGCCAUUAAACUCAAUCAGGAAUCAAUUCUCAAUCUGCUGCUUGCCAAUGCCAGAGGAGCUCUGAGUGAAGAAGCGCUGGGCUCGGCUCUUUUCUCUGCUGUUAGACAGAACCAACACGGAAUGGUUACUGCUCUGACAGACAGCGGAGCAAACGUUAACAUGUGUGACGAACGGGGAUACACUCCUCUCCUGUUGUCGGCUGAGCUGGGACACUCAGAAGUCUUCAGAGUGCUUGUAGCAAAACAGGCCAAAACGGAUGCUACAUUAUCUGACCGCUCCUCUGCCUUGCACUUGGCUGUUCACAGCAGCUGUGUGCCCAUAGUUCAGACAUUGCUGGAAAAAGGAUUAGACCCCAACAUACCUGGACCUAAAGCCCAAAACCCUCUACACCUCGCUGCUCAGUCUAAUAGAUCAGAGUUAGUCGGUCUGUUGUUAAAAGCUGGAGCAAAGGUAAAUGCAGUAGCCCAGGAUGGACUGACCCCGCUCCACCUAGCCAGUCAGCAGGGCCAUGCAGACACAGUGAUCCAACUUCUUCAAGGCAAGGCAGAUCCAGCAGAGAAAGAUAGGCUGGGCAGGACCGCCCUGCACUGGGCAGUGUCAUCCAAAGGAGAGAGCAGGGUGGUGGACUUGCUGUUGUCAGCCAAAGCCUACCCAACCGCCACUGACAAUGAGAGGAAAACUGCCCUCCACCUGGCUGCUAUGGAGGGGAAUUUAAACGCGGUCCAUUCCCUGUUGUACCACAAAGCAAAGGGAGGGGCUAAAGACAAGGAUGGCUCCACGCCACUACAUUACGCAGCAGCUGGGGGUCAUACCAGUGUGGUUUCAGCUCUUCUACAGUCACUCAACAACAAGGGGAUAGAGGAGAGGAAUGUAUGGCGGAAAACACCACUUCAUGUCGCAGCUGAGAAGGGCCACGACAGUGUGGCUGUGCUCCUGCUGGAGGCUGGGGCAAAGAUCAACGCUGCAGAUCAAAGUAAAGACACCCCUCUGCACAGUGCUGUCCGAGGUGGACACCAGGAGGUGGUGAAGAGGCUUGUGAACCGGGGCCAAGCCGUGCACAUGGGACGGAAGAAGGUGAAUCUGCAGGCUACAAAUAAAGUGGGGAAGACACCACUGCAGGUAGCAGAGAGUGGAGACACACCAAAUCAUGAGAACAUUGCAACUUUACUCAAGAGAAAGAUGUUCCUUAUCAAAUAG